UAGGCUCCAUAAGAAAUCAGACUGACAGCACCUUGUGAUAUAGCCUAUACAACAGCACAAAUAGUCUACUAGUGCAAACAAGAAGUGAAUAAGCGUAUGCUGUAAACUAAAAUGAUUGAAGCAUUCAAGUAUGAUGGCUGUGUUGUGUUGCAUCUGCAGCCAACCAUCAAAAUACAAACAUCACUAACGCCCUGUUCUGCAUAGCAACAAAUUAAAUUAUAUAUAUUUUAAAAGAUGCACACGAGGUUUGUCAACCAGUCUCAGUGCAGGGCGAUUACAUAGUCUUGCAAAUAUAGCAGUAUGAGGAUCGCAAAUCUUCAAUAAUUUACGGUAGCCUACUGACAGGCUGCGCAGCAGUUCUGCAUGAAAUAAAUGAUGGAGGACUUGCCUACCGUUAAAAAGAGUCUAGCAACAACAGCUCAAACGACUGUAACUGCAGUGUAAGCCUGACUAAACUGACUAAAACAGUGGGGGCGGGUGACAUCUCCCCUCCCUCCCUUUCAGCACAGAGAAUGAUGGCAGCCCAUCCAUCCCCGUCAAACUGUCGGGAUCCUUGGCCAAACUGAUGAUGUCGAACAAAAGGAGCGUGCCCGCGCGCGCGUCACUGUGGAGCGCUCGGCGCUCAUUGGCUGAAAAUGACAUCACAUACAAAUGUACUAUUCUUGGCGUCUGGAAUCGGCAUUACCUCAUCCUUUUCCUCCCCUCUCUCAGGUAUAGACAUUCAACAACAAACAGCGAUAACGUCGCAGAUCGAGGACGGAGUCCACUGGAACACAUCACCAGCGGACAUCUGAGUAACCUUUCGAUUAUUUACCACAACAAAUAUUCAAUAAUUUCUGUUUAAAACGACAACUAGAAAAUCUCAACGCGGCAGCAACAUAGGACUGACGGCGUGUAGGCUACUUCCUUUCAAUGCAUUGAACUUUUAAGCCGCAACGCUUUUCAUUUUGCACCUAUCCUUCCCUGCAAAUCGAGAUUUUCCCUGCACACUGGGAAAGUAAAUCAGUGAGGUGAUUCAGAAGAUAGGAGCAUGGUGUUCCACAAGGAAAGAGACAACGAGCGUCCGCCGCUCUCCUGCAUCCUGCCUCAUCUGUACCUCGGCGCAGAAACAGACGUCACACAGGACAGUCUGUCGGCGCGGGGCAUCUCAUACGUGCUCAGCGUCAGCCGGUGCUCCCCACAGCCCACAUUUCUCCCCAAGUCUCAGUACCUUCGCAUCCCCAUAGAUGACUCCCUGCGGGACGACCUGCUGCCAUGGAUCCCGCAGGCGCUACGCUUCAUUGAUGGGGCCAUGUCUCUGGGAUGUUCAGUUCUGGUGCACUGUGCUGCAGGAAUUUCUCGCUCGCCAGCCCUCGCAGUGGCCUACAUAAUGUAUCGCCUUGGAAUGGACCUGGAUCAUGCAUACAGGUUUGUCAAGGAGCGUCGGCCUUCCAUCUCCCCGAAUUUCAACUUCCUGGGCCAGCUGCAGCUCUUCCAGGGCACCCUCAGUCCCGCAGGCUCAAGCCCUCAUCACACCACCACCAGGCCCUCUGAUGGAGCCCUGGACUCACUACCAUCAUCAAUAAAAAACACCAGCAAUCGCACAGAGUGCAGUCCAACCCAUGCACUGCUCUCAACCAAACUCAGCUCCAGUGCUCAGGAUGUUAAAAAUAGCAGUAGCAGCAGCAGGGUGCAUGCUGAAGACAAAAAUGUAAACAACACACUCCGCCACGAGGCCUCUCACACCACACUGACACAGGGGCAUCAGGAUUGCACCAAGCAGCAGGACUCAACCACUGCAACAGCACAAAGUGUCAAGCGAGCUGCGACUCAGUCUAAAUCACCAGAGUUCACCCUCUCCCUCUCAGACAAGCUCAAGAGCCUCACUCUUAACCUGCAGCCCAUCGAGGUGCAGAGGCCGGCAUCGCCGUCUGAGUCUAGCACAGCACAGCAGCGCAACAGCAGCAACAACAGCAACAACCCCCAGAAGCCAACCAGCCUCCACAUUCCCUCAGACGCAGCAGGCUCCAUCUCGGAGAAGCGCAAGCGGCUCACCCUGGCCCUGACUCCAGUGAGUGGCUCUCCUCAGACAAUGCCACAGCAGCAGCAGCAGCCGGAGGAGCGCAGCAACAAGAGCAAGAAGAGGGGUGACGUCUGCCAGGAUCCCGCCUGCAGUUUACAAGUCGGCCACAAGGGGGAGACAGGCACCGCGCAGCACAAAUCAAGGAAGUCGCUCAGGAAAGCAGAAGAUGAGAAGGAGAGGCUGAGGAGGGCGUCGAGGUCCAGGCGCUCCAACUCUCACCGAAGCUCCUCGCGUUCUGUCUCCAGGAGGAAGGACCAGCAGAGCCAGGAGAGAGGCGUCCAGAGGGAAGCAGAGGCAACACGAAGCGCAACAAAGUACCACCAGAGCCCCACGGAGCUGAGAGGGGCCAAGCCUGUGAGGAGCAAGAAAGACCUCCCUACUCCAUCAUCGUCCACACUCAUGAGGGGAUCUCUGCAUAAGAUUCCUCCGUCUACUGCGGUGGAGGCGGUGGAGGGGUCGAGUGGCGAGGCCGACCUCAUGUCUCCGCUUAGUCUGACGGUGAAUAAGCUGCUGGACUGGGGGGAGAGGAUGCUGCUUGGAGUACUGCUGGGUCCUCGCAUUAAGGUGGCCCAGCCUGCCCUGCCUUACCGGUGCUGAGGGAGGACUUGACGUGGCCCCAAGUGUGACUUACUUGAGACUGCUGAGAAGGGAUAAAAACAAAGCAGAACUUGUUUGCCUGACGAAGGAUGAGUGAGAUUUACAGGAUUAUGAAGGGAAAGUGUGAAUGUGGAAAGUUUUUUUGUGGAUUUGAUUUGUUUGUUUUGAGUGAGUGGGUGAACCGGGCCUUUUUACAUGCAAGCUGACUUCAGAUCAUCCGCAUUGACAAACUGUGGUGAAUAUUUUUAUUAAAGGAACUCAGGAUGCCUGAUUGCAGAGCAGGGCUCUUAUGCUCAGGCAUUUUGUUGAACUGAACAUUGAACCCUUAUUGCAUGUUUAGCACUCCUACUUGUGAGAGAUACAAGCUUACCUGCAGAACGAUCUACAGACCAUCACAUCUUCUACUCUUGACUUCUCCGACAUGGACUCUAUUAUGUAUCCUAUCCUGGAAAGAAAUGAUUUACAAGUGUCUGUACAUCUUAGAGACCCAUAAAAUGCCUGAGUGUGUGGAUUUAUUUAUGGAAGUAUACACAUUUAUUAAAUUAUUACUAUUUAUUAAAUUGAUAUUUUGAUGAUGGUAUUUUAACACCAUGGCUUGUACUGAGAUCACAGUGUUGAUUAAAGCUGAAAGCUCCUAAG